AUGUUUCAUCUGUUUCCGAUCCUCGUCGCCAUUGCAUCAGUGCUGUUUUGGGCACACUACUACUACACUAACCGUAAAAGCAAGAACAAAAACAAUAAGCGGGUCCCGCCUGGCCGAAUGGGGCUCCCGUGGAUCGGCGAGACGCUUGGGCCCGGCGGGCCUGGAGACUCUCGUCCCCAGGAUACCACCGUGCGGGCCCACCUUGAGAAAUACAACCGAGAAACGACCGUGGGCUUCUACGGGCUGACAAGGGCCCUGACGUUCACAAUCGUCCUGGAGUGCCUGCUGGGGAUAAAGGCAGGGCCCGGGAUGCUGGGGACGUUCGAGCGCGUGCUGGAAGGGGUGUUCGCAGCCCCGGUGGGGUUUCCGUGGUCCAAGUUUGGACGGGCGAGUGGGGCCCGGCGGGAAAUCGAGCGGGAGCUAGUGAGAGAGAUAAGGAACAGGCGGGAGGAGAUGGAGAGGGGGAAAGUUGGAGGGGAGGGCGGAGUUUUGCUGUCCCUGUUGGUUGGGGGGCUUAUCCGGGGAGAGAUUAGCGAGGCAGAAGUUGUGGAUAAUGUGGUCUUGCUCGUGUUUGCAGCUCACGACACCACAUCGUUCGCCAUUGCCAUGACGUUCAGGAUGCUAGCUCACCAUCCUGACUGCUAUUCAAUCCUCGAGAAAGAGCAUAGAGAUAUAGUGAGUCGUAAAGGACAGGAAGAACCUCUCGCGUAUGAGGACACCAAAGCGAUGAGCUAUACGUGGAAAGUUGCUCGGGAGAGCAUGAGGAUUUUCCCGCCAAUUUUCGGCUCGUUUAGGAAAGCGAUCCAGGACAUUGAGUACGACGGGUACACAAUUCCUAAAGGGUGGAAGAUACUGUGGACGGCGUACGGGACGCAUUACGAUCCAAAGUGUUUUGAAGAUCCUAUGACGUUCAAUCCGGAUAGAUUUGACGACUCCAUUCAGCCUUACGCGUUUGUACCGUUUGGUGGAGGCCCGAGGCUUUGUGCAGGAUACCAACUGGCUAAGCUGAAUAUUCUCAUUUUCGUACACUACAUUGUUACAAGAUACGAUUGGUCGCUAGUGUUGCCCGAUGAGCCGAUUACGAUAGAUCCCCUCCCAUUCCCUUCUCAGGGAAUGCCGGUUACUAUUCGCCCAAAAGUCGAGACAAAGCUGUGA